AUGUACUCUAUAUUUUUAGGUGAAGACAUUGAUGGUGACACUCUUUUUAAUUUGCCGCAGUCAACGAUAUUCGAAAUAGUAACAAAAUUGAAAGAACGUGUACGUUUUCUAACUGAACAUCGUGCUUUAUUUAAUGGUAGCUAUAAAAAUAGUAUUGAAAAAACUUCAUCCGAUAUACAAUCGAAUGAUUUCAAUGAUAACAAUAUUCAGCAAACUGUACAAGAAACAUUUACAAAUCAAUAUACAACAAUGUCAAAUGUUGCAUAUUUAAAUGAAGGUCAAAAUGAUUUAUCUGCAUAUGAUUCUUCCGUCAAUAAUAUAGAUAUUGAUGAGGAAACAGUGGGUUCAAAACAAGACACAAAUGAUACGGAGAAAGAAAAUAAAGUUGAAUCGAAAUUUUCUGAUGUUUACAUUUUACCUGAUUUACCCAAUAAAAUUCGACAACUAAUAAGUACUCAAGAGAUAAAGCAUUUUCGAAAUCAUACAAACUCUCGUCGAUUAUUGCUUGAUGUUAUUUUUGCCGAUGUUACAGAAAAAUAUUCGUUACUCUAUCCAAAUACAAAACAAUACAAAUCAAUCGCAACAGCAAUAUUAAAGGAAUUGAAUAUAACAAAACUCUGA